CCACUUUACACAUUGGUCAUUUCAAAACCUGGAAAGGGCAUUUCAGUAACUAACUCCACUCAUCACUCAUUCCUCCUUCUUCCUUUGUAGUUUUCCCCCUCACUCACUCCCACUUCCAUUUCACUUCAUUUCCAUUCCCAAAUUCCAAUCGCUAUCACUCAAACGAACGUACGAACUUCUCUCUCUCAGAUUAGGGUUAGGGUUUUCUCCAAUCAUGGCUUCGUCUUCCUCCGAUCCCGGAAAGUCUGCGGAGACGUCGGAAGCGGCGGUGCCAACUGAUCAGCUCUUGCUCUACCGAGGAUUGAAGAAAGCGAAGAAGGAGAGAGGUUGCACCGCCAAAGAGCGAAUCAGCAAAAUGCCUCCCUGCGCAGCUGGAAAACGUAGCUCUAUAUACCGCGGCGUCACCAGGCAUAGGUGGACUGGUCGUUACGAAGCUCAUCUUUGGGAUAAGAGUACGUGGAAUCAGAAUCAGAAUAAGAAGGGAAAACAAGUUUACUUGGGGGCAUAUGAUGACGAGGAAGCAGCUGCUAGAGCUUAUGAUCUUGCUGCUCUCAAAUACUGGGGUCCAGGGACUCUCAUUAACUUUCCAGUGACUGAUUAUACAAGAGAUCUUGAAGAAAUGCAGAAUGUGUCGAGAGAAGAGUACCUUGCAUCUUUACGGCGGAAGAGCAGUGGUUUUUCUAGAGGACUAUCAAAAUAUCGUGGACUCUCCAGCUAUAUAUGUGGAGCUAGUUCUUCUCUGCUUUGCUCACAGCUACAGAUUUUUAUGAUCUGUCGGUGGGAGUCGUCAUAUGGCCGCAUAUCUGGAUCUGAUUACUUCAAUAGCAUGCAUUAUGGUGCAGGGGAUGAUUCAGCAGCAGAAAGUGAAUAUGUAAGUGGUUUCUGCAUAGAAAGAAAGAUUGAUUUAACAAGUCACAUCAAAUGGUGGGGAUCUAAUAAGACUCGACAUUCUGACUCUGGGACAAGAUUAUCAUCGGAAGAAAAAAAGCUUGGUUCUGCUGGAGAUAUUUGCAGUGAGCUAAAGCAAUUGGAACAGAAAGUUCAACCUACAGAACCUUAUCAGAUGCCACAGUUAGGAAGGCCACACAAUGAGAAAAAGCAAAGAAGUUCUUCAGUCUCUGCCUUAAGGAUUCUUUCUCAAUCUGCUGCUUACAAGAGCUUGCAGGAGAAAGCGUCAAAGAGACAGGAAAAUAGUAUUGAUAACGAUGAGAAUGAAAACAAAAAUACAGUCAACAAAUUGGAUCAUGGAAAGGCAGUUGAGAAACCAUCAAAUCAUGAUGGAGGCAGUGAUCGGCUUGACAUUGCAAUGGGAAUGAGUGGGACAAUGCCUCUUCAAAGAAAUAUCUACCCUUUGACGCCAUUCUUGUCAGCACCACUUUUGACAGCUUACAAUACUGUUGAUCCAAUGGUAGAUCCUGUUCUCUGGACAUCUCUUGUUCCCGUACUUCCUGCCGGCCUUUCUCGUACAGAUGAGGUUACCAAGACAGAGACCAGUUCAACGUACACAAUGUUUCAGCCAGAGGAAUGAUUGGACAUUUGAAUUUCUAAUCGAAAAAUGGCUUAAAGACAAAGCACCUGAAAGCUGAGCCCUGUAUCAAACAAAAGAACAGCGUAUUGGUCUGAAGUGCUCAAGCAGGUCUACCAAGAGAAUGCUCCCAUGGCUUUUUUUGCAAGAUUACAUGGGUUUUUAGAGGUCAGAGAAAAUAAUAUAUUUACGGUGGUUUUUCAUCGAUGAUACAAUAUAGAAUUAGCCGAAUAUUUUCAUUUAAAGUCAGAUAUGUAUCAGUUAACAUCUCCUUCAUGUAUAUGCAAUCAGAGUUAGAUAA